AUGAAGUCCAUUACCACAAGGCCGCUGCUCGCAGCGCUGGCUGGCGCCGCAGUUUUGGGACUGCUCGUUCCGACCGCUCUCGCGCACGGCGGCGAUGAGGGCGGCCAUGGCGGCCACGGCGGCAUGGAGAUGACUGAUGCCGACAAGCCCAAGCCGGAGGAAGAGUACCCGCUCACGUACUUUGCGCACCCCGAUCACAAGACGGCCAUCUACGCACACAUCGCCCUGAUGGUUCUUGCCUGGGUUUUCAUACUCCCAGUUGGUGUCAUGCUCUCUAUUGCCCGUUCGCGGUAUAGGCUUCUGGCCCAAUUCGCCUUUCUCGUCACCAAUAUCGGCGGCAUGAUCGUUGGUAUCUUUUACAAUGCCAGCACACCGGAUUUGUAUCCUAACAACGCCCACCACAAGCUCGGAUGGGUUGUUACCUGGCUCGUUGGGGCCCAGUUCGUCAUUGGCCUUUUGGCGAGCGUUGCAGGCGUCUUUAAGAAGAAGCCAUCCGAUGGCAACAGCAGGGAACGCCAGGGCUUCAUGCCCGUCUCGACCCAGGCCAUUGAGGAGCACAACAGUCAUGUCAAGCCCGCGGAUAACGACGCUUACCGAUUCUCCAACGACAGUGGUCAGGGAACCGAGCCUUCCAGCGAUGCUCUGCGGAGUCCUUCCCUUUCGUCUAGCCCCGGUGACGUUCCUCGACUCCACGACGUCAACCUCCACGACAAGGAAUAUGACGAUGGCGAUGAUUCCUACGAUGUCGACUCCCACAGCGGCAGCGAGCCUCUUGGACCCAUGCUUCCUGCUUCCGGCAAGGCCGUUUCCACCAUUCAGAAGAUUGCCGGCAAGAUUUCUGAUCGAUUCUGGAAGGUCUUGAUCCUUGCGUAUAACGUGGUUGAUCGAGCUAUCUUGCCCCUGGGUUUCGUAGCCUUGUGCACUGGUAUUGUGACCUUUGGUCGUUUCUUUGAGGGCUCCGGUAUUUUCUCUGGCCUUGCUCACUGGAUCAAGGGCGGUAUCUUCUUCUGGUUGGGUAUUUUCACACUCGGACGUUGGGCCGGCUGCUUCGGUGAAGUUGGUUGGGCUUGGAACGUGCGCCCUAAGCAGGCGGGCCAGAAAUGGCGUCCAUCUGCCGAGUUCGUCGAGAGUGCCUUGAUUUUCACCUACGGCGCUACCAACAUCUUCUUGGAGCAUCUCGGCAACUGGGGCGGCGAAUGGUCGCCUCAGGAUCUUGAGCACUUCUCCAUCACCGUUCUCUUCAUCGGCGGCGGCCUGUGCGGCAUGCUCAUCGAAUCCGUCCGCAUCCGCGACCUGCUCAACACGACCGUCACCGACGCCGCCGGUCUCCCCGGUUCCUCAGAGGAACUCCGCCAGCACCAGCACCAGCACCACUUCCACCACGACGUGGAGGAUUCUGAAGAGCAUCGCGGCCAGCCGGAAACCUACUCCUUCAGCAUGAACCCCAUUCCGGCCCUGGUCAUCCUUCUCCUGGGCAUCAUGAUGUCCUCGCACACCCAGGACAGCAUGAUCUCCAGCAUGGUGCACAAGCAGUGGGGCAACCUGUUGACGGGUGCCUCCUUCGCACGCGGUUUUACCUAUGUCAUCACCUACCUUAAGCCCCCGCGCUCCGUGUACCCUUCGCGCCCGCCGACGGAGCUCCUCACGGCCUUUGGGUUGAUCAGCGGUGGCAUCAUCUUCAUGGCCAGCGCGAGCGACACCGUCAGUGGCAUGAUCCACUACCAGCUCGAUGCUAUGUUCAUGUACACCGUUACCAUGGGCUUGGUCGGUCUGCUGAUGGCGUGGGUUAUCCUGUGCAUCGCGCUCAAGGGUUGGGCGGUUCGCAAGGAGACGGGACGGUAUCGCAAAUGA